CUGUGUUCGCAAAAGGUUCAACAGUGCACCUAUAGACUUGCCGUCUAGCACAUGUACGUAGCUACUCGAUCGUCGUAUCUAGAGUAACUAUUCCCCCUUGACCGUUACUGCGAUACUUCUUAUACCGUAGGCUAGCUAGGCCACUACAAACCUAGUACAAGGAAACCAGGUUUUGCGAUAAAGUAGCGGAGUGCCCCAUGCACUUGUCUUCAGCUGAGCUCGCCUACACCUUGGGGUUCCACGGCAGUUUGCUUGGGUAUGCACGAUUGUUCCUGUAUUCAUGCAUAGCAGCAUAAUCAAAUUCAUCAAACCUGCAUGUAAAGGUGUUUGGAUUAGUGGAAAGGACAUCCUGAGGAGCUGUAAAACACUUGUUUUCCUAUGCAAAGAGUCCGAACACCAGCAUAACCUACAACCUGCCUCUUUAGUCCACACACAGGGUGCUGAAAUGGGUGAUCAAGUAAGUGUCAAGCUGUAAGUGUCAACUUCCGGGCACUGCGUUCACAGAGACACGUCAGCUCCGGUAUCGGAGCCCUCAUCUCAAUAUCCAUAUAGGCAAGCGGCCGUCAAUCCAGCACAAAGAGCACUUCUUCAAUUCUUAUACCUCCUUGUAAAUGAGUGCGGCUAUCGGUCUCGGCGUCGACGCGACCCCUUUGGACGCCGAGGCCACUACUUGUUACAUUUGCCUUCAGGAAGGCACAGCGGCGAAGCCCCUCCUAACGCCUUGCGCGUGCAAGGAGAGGCCUGUACACAGAGAGUGCUUGGCUAGAUGGCAGCUACACUCUUCAGGCAAAAGUGAGGAGCGCCAGUGCCGCUUCUGCUAUCAGGAUCUGCCGGAUUGGCAGCCAACGCUUCUGGGCUCGGAGAACGAGGACGAAGACGCACCGAAGCCGCUGAUGGCAGCGGUCGUAUUUAACAACACAGUGUACAAGCUGCCCAUCCUUCCCGGGCCCGAAGGCAAGGCAGCCUUCAAGCGUAAGGUCCACGAGCUUUUCGGACUCAACAAUCGGAUGUUCGAGGUCGCGUUUGAAGUUAAACUUGAUCAAGCGGACAAGGUCAGCCUGCACGGCCUCAAUGCCUACGAGGCUGCAACUCGCUGUGCGGCGCUCUCAGCCAGACGGGCUAGCUCUGCUGUUCGACAGGAGAACCAGCAGCAGCAGUAAACGUUGCCCAUACUUUGGCCAGCUGGGCCAUAUCCUGCUGGCGUAGCGUGGCGGACGGGACGGCUACUUGGCUUGGCACUAUCAUCCAUGGGGUAGCUGCUGUCCCAACUGCAGCGGGCAUGGAGUCCCAUAUGUGUGUCGUACGGUAUGACGUCGUAUGCACGCCGAACACCUUCCAUCGGGUGGACGUCUUUUGACAAAAGGACAGCGCUAACUGCCUGGGCUGUCACGUUGUUUUCGCGCGUCGUAAGGUACCAGUUACGGCAUCUAGGGUUGAGAGAACCUCACAGCAACCCUUGUACAAUAAGUUGUUAGUCGUUGGCACAUCGUUGCACCAUCCGACAGGUAUGGUGCAACGUUGCAUGCCUAGCUUGGCCCCAUCGGGCGAACAUUUGCUAAUAUGAGCAUGAACAUUUCUUGUACAUCUAGACACACCUGGUCGGCGGGGACUGCGUUGCGUGUUGCAUGGCCGACUGGGCCCCCCUGCUGCGGUUCUUGGGAUGGCCCCGGGCACAAGGUUGGGUGUUGUUGAUUUUCUGUUGAGCGUUUGUCGAGGACGGGAGUUUUUGGUUCCUAAUGAAGGAAGAAGCCUGUGUAGGGUUUGGGUGGGCUGCUAUAGGCAGGCUCGAGUCCUGCUUGGCGCUUGUUGGCAUGCUCCUUGCCUAAGCUGGGAUUCCGUAUGACACACGGAUUGGCGGCAGGCUUGUCUUGGGGGCACAGGCUCCAUUCUGGUGUUCGUUGGUUCGUUGGGUUCGCAGCUGUGUUGCGAACUGAAGGGGCGCAUGGAAAGGGUGUUGCCGGACGCGGUUGUGGGGAAGACUGUUGAGUUGGUGAGGACCUGGAGUUGACGUUUCCAAUGGCGUUCUUGAAACAGCACCUAGCCCUGCUUGUGAUUCGGACCGUCCUUUGUCCUAAGCGGUUGCAGGGAAAGGGCCUUGCAGGUAGUGGAGUAUGUUGCGUUGUCCUCCUCUCCUUGGUUCGCGGCCCGUCAAAAGGCCCUUCAGUUUUGACGAAUCGGGGUCGUGUACCGGAUAGGACAGUUGUCGGACAGGUUUGGGGGCUUACGAGGUGAGGGCAGGGCAGGGCAGGCGUCGGUGUUGGCCGGCUGGCGCUUGAAACGGGCCCAAGGGUGUGCAUAUUCUUUACCGCCGGUGUGGUGUUAUAACUGCAGAUGCAGGGUCGUGUAGACGUAUGUGUGUUAAAAUAACUGGCCGCGAGGCGAAACGUAUGUGUGUGCGUGCGUGCCGGUGCACAGUUGUUAGCAGUGUGGUGGUGUGUUGGCUGUCGUGUGUCGUGUGGUCACUCCGCGCGUCGCAGUGUCGUGUCCUCCGUUCCUCAUCACGAGGUGUAUGUAUGUGUGUGUGUGUGUGAAUAAGGCGUGUGGCAUCCUCUUUGCUGCGGCUCAACAAAAAAAGGGAAAAGUACAUUAUAUUCUGUUUGUGUGCCAGACGACUAUAUCAGUGCCAUGGCAUCCACACACAGCGUGGUUAUGUCAUGUUGCCUCGUCAACUGUAUGUGUCAUAUCAGCAGCGUGAUGUGCUCUGUGUGUGUGUGUGCUGCCCUCCUGCAUGUGUCGCCUUAGGUCGAUGUGUGCGUGUGUGUGAUAAUAGGACUGGCGAGUGCGCACGUGUGUGUAUUCAAUCAGCUGAGCCGGAGAUCCGCGUGCUGCGUGUGGGGUUUUGUACAUCCAACAUUGUGCUGGUCUUCUGUCGCUCCUGUGUAUAAGCCGCGGGUGUUGUGUUUCACGUAAUUAGCAGCAGUAGCAGCCGCAGUACACGCCGGCCGCAUUGGCGGUUAGCUAUACAUACAUUUACUAUUUGCAUUCUUAUCUUGAGGGGUGUGCUGGCCGGUGGCCGGCUUAUUACAGGUAGAGAGUGGUAAAAUGUGGGCGCGAUGAUACAUGCCUCCAAUUUUAGGCCCCGCAUGUAAGUCGCAAAAGUUGCAA